GGGAAAGCGAGCAGUGCGCGAGCCAGGCCGGCCGAGAGGGGAAGGGGGGAGAGAAACCUGAGCUGGGACCGGGUAGUCCAUCUCCCCAUCCCUUCCCCUGACCCCUGCGGCCGUCAGUGGCCCCGGCAUCGCGCGCGUCCGUGGCCUUGCAGCCGAGGGACGGCGCCCCCGUGGAGCGGCGGCGGGGGUGACGGUGUGACAGGGGUACGGGGGCCGGGGUGCGGGGCUUGGUGGCGUUCCGAGAGACCGCUUGGCCUGUGGCCCGUUGGCUCUGCGCCCAGCCGUUAGGUCCCGCCCCGGCUGGAAUGUAGGGAGCGCCCGCCUGCCUGCGCCCCUGUCCAGGCGCGCCCAGUCCUCUUGUGCAGCGGCUUGAGGUGCGCGUCUCCCUCCUGCCCUCUCGCCGCAGCCAUGGCCGCCUCCUCCGCGCGGCCCACCGUCUUGGCCCUGAUCGCUCUGGCGCUGCUCCUGCUGCUGUGCCUGGGCCCAGGUGGCAUAAGUGGGAAUAAACUCAAGCGGCUGCUUCAGAAGCGGGAAGCACCCGCUCCGACCAAGAGUAAAGUGGUGGUGGACGAGAGCAAGGCCAAAGAAUUCUUGAACAGCCCGAAGCGCCAGAAGCGGCAGCUGUGGGACCGUUCUCGGCCGGAGGUCCAGCAGUGGUACCAGCAGUUCCUCUACAUGGGUUUCGACGAAGCGAAAUUUGAAGAUGACAUCACUUAUUGGCUAAACAGAGGUCGGAAUGGGCAUGACUACGAUUACUACCAGCGACACUAUGAUGAGGACGCAGCGAUUGGUCCCCAGAACCCCAACAACUUAAGGCACGGAGCCAGCGUCAACUACUACGAUGACUACUGACCAUCACUCCGCACUCCGUGGCCAGCCACAGAAAUGACCCCUUCACUGCCUCACACCAUGUGGCUUCUGCUGGGCUUUCCUUCAGCAGAUCUUUUCUACCCCCUUUCUGCAACCAGGAAGGAAGAGUUAAAACAAAACAACAUCGAUGCCUUUUGAUGUUCCAUGCAAGCACCUAACAAUGCAUUCCAUCAAAAAAUAGAAAUAAAAGCAUUUUGU